AAACUCUUUCACUCAGACUCUCUCUUUCUCUCUCUCACAGACACACACACAACUCAGUAUUACAUUCUUAAAGCUCCCAAGAACAUGUACUCUCCUACAGCUAGGCAAAAGAAACUCCAACUUUCUAAGAGAAAAUGUGAACGUUGUAGUAAUACAACGAGUCAAUGAGCAAAGUGUGCAUAAAGCAAACGAAAGCAGCAAAAAGAUAUGAACGAUGAUGUCCAUCUCUCAACUCCCACAAAAACCUUUGCUUGAAUCCAACUCCACUCAAACAAUAACCACUCACAUUCCUAUCUUCACUCUCUCCAAGAACCCACAAAUCUAACAACCCAUCAUCACAAACAAUCCCCUCCAUAUACAUAUACCCAAAAAACAAGAAUUGCAAAAAAAGAAAAUGACAGUUAUACUGCCUUCAUCUUCAAGCUGCAAUAACUAUGGAACACCUACAAGCAAUGAUGGGUUGCCCCAACAAACUUUUCUCAAUAAUGAGCCCCUCAUUGACAGUAAUAUUCCUGUAGCUUUGUACACCAGAAAUUGUACAAGUAUACAAGAAGUAGGGUUUGGAGAUGUGGGAGCAGAAGGAGGGGAGGAGGUGUCUGUUUUGGCUGUUUUGGUGACUGUUUUGAGGAAAUCUUUGGUGGGUUGUCGGAGUACAAGUGGUGAGAAUUGUGGGUUUGAAGAAAAGCUAAUGGAGAUUGGGUUGCCUACUGAUGUGAGGCAUGUUGCUCAUGUCACCUUUGAUAGGUUUGAUGGGUUUCUUGGACUCCCUGUUGAGUUUGAACCUGAAGUUCCCAGGAGGCCUCCUAGUGCUAGUACAAGAGUUUUUGGAGUUUCAACAGAUUCCAUGCAGCUUUCCUUUGAUCCCAGAGGUAAUUGUGUUCCAACUAUCCUACUCAUGAUGCAAAAGCGCUUGUAUUCCCAAGGUGGGCUGCAGUCUGAAGGAAUCUUCAGAAUUAAUCCAGAGAAUGGGCAGGAGGAGUAUGUCCGGGAACAGCUAAACAAUGGAGUGAUUCCAGACAACAUUGAUGUUCAUUGUUUAGCAGGCCUAAUUAAGGCUUGGUUUAGAGAACUGCCCAACGGGGUGUUGGAUUCUCUCCCGCCAGAGCAGGUGAUGGAGGCGCAAUCAGAAGACGAAUGCGCUCAGCUCAUGGGGCUCCUUCCGCCAACGGAAGCUGCACUGUUGAAUUGGGCGGUUAAUCUCAUGGCAGAUGUUGCUCAGUUGGAACAUUUGAACAAAAUGAAUGCACGUAACAUCGCCAUGGUUUUUGCACCAAAUAUGACUCAGAUGUCGGAUCCUCUGACAGCGCUGAUGUAUGCCGUCCAAGUAAUGAACUUCCUCAAGACUCUCAUAGUCAAAACCUUGAGAGAAAGAGAGGAUUGUUUAGUAGAGGCCGGUCCAACACUGCUGCAAUCAGAGCCUUCAGAUGAGGACGGUGCUCAUAGCAUUUCUAAACCGAUAAGCCUUGAGGCUGAUGAAGCAUAUGAGGACAAAGAAGCUACCAUAGCCAAUGAGCCACUGUUGAACCAGACCGGCGUUUCUACUCCACAGGCCGAAUCAAGAACUGUAAACGAACCUCAUCGUUUUCUAAGUUCAAUCGAAAACAUCCUACCUGCUGAUGUUCCAAAUUCUCUUGGCACAACAAAGGACAGAGUUGAUGGUGGAAACACAGCUAACAGUGUUGGGAGAACUCAACCAAGACUCCUGAGGGCCAAAACCAGCCAGACUAGUAAUGCAAACGAUGCCAAGAAUGGAUCAAGAAAACGUGCUCCAAGUCCUGUUGUUCGUGUUAGCAAGAGUGCAGAGAAAACAAAGGAACCGAACGUUAUUAGCCGUGAAAAUUCAUAUGCAGAGCGGGUGGAGGUCUGGAGAUGAGAUUCAUGGAACCAUUCAUUUGGCUUAGGACAGGAGAUCUUUUUUCUCUUUUUCACCCUUUCUAACUAAACUGUGUGACCAUUUGCAUGUAAGUUUUAUUUCGAUAUUGCGCAUGAUUUUGAAUUCUUGGAUUGGAGUUUGAUCACAAAGUUGUUAGCCCACUCCCACGCUGGGCCUCUUUCACUAGUUUCAGCUGACAGCUUUCAUGCUACAUAAAUUCUGAUAUAUGUGUGAACAACUCGUAUCUAACGGGCUGAAUCUUCUACUUCAAAUCUUUUCUUGUAUUUUAUUCUAUUUACUAUA